AUGUCGGCUAUCUCCUCCAACCUUGGAGUCAUCUCGGCUUCUGAUACCGAGCUUGAGCUCAGCUCUGGCUCUCAGUCCGAUAGCGAUUUCGAGAUUGUUCUUGUCACCCAAGCAGUGGCAGGUAUUGUCAUUUCAGAUUCAGAUUCCGGGAGCCUUGUCUCUGCUCCCACCGACCUGAGUGAAUCCAGUGACGACGAACAUAUUUUUGUUCAGAACAUCACCCAAUCUGCACCAAAUACACCCCGUCCACCCACGUUCUUGCCACCUCGCUUGGAUGCGACACCCCGUCCUCCGGCAGCAAUUCCCCGCCCUAUAUUUGAACAUGGUCAUGAAUCCGAUGCCUCGGACCGUGAAGAUGACUCGUCUGUCGGUAGCCUCUACGACUCUGACUCGGACGCCGACGGAAGUGUCCUUACUCACGCACGGGCUCGCACCGUAACAAUUACUCACGACCGACUCGAAACUCCCACCGCCCAUCGUCCAAUUGCCGCUCUCGGUACGGUACAUGGGAACGAGAGUAUCGCAACUAUCCGGCCGGCCCUCCCCACAGUGCUGGCUGCUGGCACCUUGCGUCGUUCCACUCCAGCUGGUAUGCAUACACCAGCCAUUACAACCAACACUAUCGCCACUAUCUUGGCUUCCGCACCACUUUCACCGCCUACUCCUUCUGAUGGUGGAGAAAUACCUUACGCUCCUUUCACUCCGGCCCCAACGGCAGUUCCAGUCCCUGUGCCUAUCGUGGCCCCCACAGCGUCGGUCCCGACCCAGCAGUCACCAAAGCACGCCCUCCAAUUCCUACUGCCUCCUUGUCACAAAGAAGAUCAUACUAUCCGUCGUCAGCUUAACUUGGACCGAAAGCAGCAGCGUAAGGAGGAGCUUGCAAAGAAAGAGGCUCAGAAGGCAGCCAAGAAGGCAGCCAAGGAAGCGGCUCAGAAGAAAUCAGCUAGAUCGAAAGCUGCUGUCAAUCCUCUUGUCGCCCCUGUAACUGCCGGUGGGUCACCCGUCUCGUCCGAGGAUGAGGCGCCUCGUGUACGCCUAUCCCUGUUCUCGCCUGUCAAUGAUAUAUCCGAGAGAAGUGAUAGUCCUGAUGAAGAAGCGUAUGACGAGGCGAUCAAACAGCUUGACGACCCUCCGGAACACCCGACUGCUGCUUAUCGUUACUUGCUCAACCGUGCCUUGUUACUUGAAUUCCGUAUCUGCACACCCAACACGUUGCCCACGUCCCAUGGGGCAGCUAUUGCCAUGGUCAAAGCCAAUGUUCAUAUCAACGUCCUUGACUAUAUUUCAAAGCGCAAGGAGGGCUUCAGCGGUCUGCGCUCUGUUAUGCUUGCGAAUGCAAAAGCCCUUCGCAAGGACGUGAGGAAGCGUCGUAUGCCAGCGAAGGCAGUCAAGUCGCUUGGCCUGCAUUCUCUUCUUAUUCACCACUAA